AUGGCGGCACCCAUCUUGAAAUGGAAGCGCCUAACAAACGUUUCUGGGCCAUGUCCAAGACCUCGGCACGGACAUCGAGCGGUGGCAAUCAAGGAAUUAAUGGUAGUUUUUGGCGGAGGAAAUGAAGGAAUCGUUGACGAGCUCCACGUUUAUAAUACAGCCACUAACCAAUGGUUUGUGCCUGCUGUACGGGGUGAUAUUCCACCUGGGUGUGCUGCCUAUGGCUUCAUUUGUGAUGGUACCAGAAUUCUGGUGUUUGGUGGAAUGGUGGAAUAUGGAAAGUAUUCAAAUGAACUUUAUGAGCUUCAGGCCAGUCGAUGGGAAUGGAAAAGACUGAAACCAAAACCUCCAAAAAAUGGUGCUCCUCCCUGUCCAAGACUAGGACAUUGUUUCACAUUACUUGGAAACAGUGGUUACCUGUUUGGAGGCUUGGCCAAUGACAGUGAAGAUCCAAAGAAUAAUAUUCCAAGAUACCUAAAUGAUUUGUAUGUGCUGGAGCUGAAGCCCAAUUCCUACGCUCUGUCAUGGGAUCUACCUGUAACAAUCGGUCAGCCCCCACCUCCAAGAGAAUCCCAUACCUGUGUGGGGUACGCAGAAAAGGAUGGCAAGCGACCUCGCCUGAUCAUCUAUGGUGGCAUGAGUGGCUGUCGUCUAGGAGACCUUUGGCAACUUGAUAUUGAUACGUACACAUGGACCAAGCCAGUCGUACAAGGGAUUGCACCUCUGCCCAGAAGUUUACAUUCCUCAACAGUCAUUGGAAACAGAAUGUUUGUGUUUGGUGGUUGGGUACCCUUGGUGAUGGACGAUGUCAAGGUCGCUACACAUGAAAAGGAGUGGAAAUGUACAAACACACUGGCUUCUCUCAAUCUAGACUCAAUGAUGUGGGAACCCCUUGCCAUGGAAGUUUUUGAAGAUGCCUUACCACGUGCCCGGGCAGGCCAUUGUUCUGUGUCUAUCCACUCCCGUCUCUACAUUUGGAGUGGACGGGAUGGCUACAGGAAGGCUUGGAACAACCAAGUGUGUUUCAAGGAUCUAUGGUUUCUCGAAACAGAGAAACCACCGGCACCCUCACGAGUACAGUUGGUGCGAGCGAGUACUAAUACACUGGAAGUGUGUUGGGGUGGUGUGCCGACAGCCGAUGCAUAUUUAUUACAGCUUCAGAAAUAUGACCUGCCACCUGCCCAAGCAAUGACUCCUACCGCUGUUCCACAGACCAACCCCUUGGUCAAGGCCAUUGCCUCACCCACCACUCCCAACAUCAUAAGGACACCAACACAUGGGAUAACUCAAAUCCGUUCUGUGGCUGGAGCUUCAGCCCUAGGUUCUGUGGCAAUCAACUCCCCGCAGACUAUCCGAGUUACUGCUGUUGCUGCUCGCCAGAAGACGCCAAUAACCAUGACGCCAACAAGUAACAUUCGUGUCGCUACUCCACAAGUCGUCACUCAGGCUGGUCAGAGAGUUCCAACUGUUGUAUCAACGGGUGGUGGUCAGAUGACAGGUAUAGCAGCCCUGGCAGCUGCAGCCGCAGCUACACAGAAGAUUCCUGGCACAUCCAGUACCACAACGACACCGGUUUCUGGCAUCAAAGUUGUGACCCCAACAAUUGUCACACCUCAAGGUGUCAAAGUCACACCAGUUCCUGGAAAGUUAGCUACACAGACGGUACGUGUGGCCACUCCUGGGUCUACUAUUCUGAAAACACCUGGAAGCAUCCAGCAGACCAUUGGUGGCAAGCAAAUCAUCACAGUUCACAAGGCAGGAGCUGGCACUACCACUGGUCAACCACAAAUUGUUACCCUAGUCAAGACUAAUCAAGGCAUGCAAGUUGCUACAACAAAAGGUCCUCUGCCUCAAGGUGCUACCAUUGUAAAACUGGUGACAACCCAGGGAGGGGGUACAGGGAAGCCAACAGCCAUCCUCACCACAAGCCAAGCAGGCCAAACACCUUCUACUAUACUAGGGAUCAGUAGUGUGCAGCCACAAGGUACAGCCACACGGACAGGAGUAACUAAAACUAUCAUUAAGACCAUCCCCUCAUCCAUGCUGUCAAUGGCACGUUCUGGUUCUGCCACAAUCACAACACAAGCUGGUCAAAAGACCAUUGUCAUUGCUGCUCCUAAGGGAUCUACUGGUGGCCUGCACUCGACCCCAACAAAAAUAAUUACAUCAGUGCCAAAAAUUGGUGGCGGAACAGGAAACACUCAAUUCAUUGUUGUCAGCCCUCAGACAAGUGUAGGUCAAGGAAUGUCCACUCUCACAGCUGGAGGUAAACCAUUGACAGUGACUACCCUGCCCGUGUCCUCAGCUGCUGCCCUCAACAUCACUGGUGCACCACAGGUGGUUUCCGCAACCAUGUCUCCUAUUGCAGCCAAACCCAUGGUCAAUAUUGUCUCAUCAAAUGCAAAUCAACUUGGUGGUACAGUUUUGAAGACUAUUACAGCAUCUCCUGCAGCCCUGGCCACCACAGCAGCCACCAGUCUCUUGUACACCACAACCACCCCUAGUGCCACCCCAUCCACUCCAACUAUUUCCCUUAUUGCUCAGCCAUCCAUCUCUCAUGCACCAGUUACCAUGACUACUCAAGCAGUUGCAGCUAGUGCUGUGCCCAGUGGUCAGAAGCCAGUCCAGAUAACCAUCACUCCUGCUGCACCUCAGAGUGCUACUCAAGUAGCAGAGAGUCCAGUCAUAAUCUCUCAGUCAUUGACAACCACUCCAACAGUAAGACCAGUUCAACAAGCACCUUGUACAGAUGGACAUAACUGUCCAGGUGAUGAUCCACCUACACAAACGACAGGUGUUUGCACGGACGGACAUAACUGCCCAGGAGAUGAUCCACCUCCACAAACAACAGGUGUUUGCACGGAUGGACACAAUUGCCCAGGUGAUGAUCCACCUACACAAACGACAGGUGUUUGCACGGAUGGACACAACUGCCCAGGUGAUGAUCCACCUACACAAACGACAGGUGUUUGCACGGACGGACAUAACUGCCCAGGAGAUGAUCCACCUACACAAACGACAGGUGUUUGCACGGAUGGACACAAUUGCCCAGGUGAUGAUCCACCUACACAAACGACAGGUGUUUGCACAGAUGGACACAAUUGCCCAGGUGAUGAUCCACCUCCACAAACGACAGGUGUUUGCACAGAUGGACAUAACUGCCCAGGAGAUGAUCCACCUACACAAACGACAGGUGUCUGCACAGAUGGACACAAUUGCCCAGGUGAUGAUCCACCUACGCAAACGACAGGUGUUUGCACGGAUGGACAUAACUGCCCAGGAGAUGAUCCACCUACGCAAACGACAGGUGUUUGCACAGAUGGACAUAACUGCCCAGGUGAUGAUCCACCUACACAAACAACAGGUGUUUGCACAGAUGGACAUAAUUGCCCAGGUGAUGAUCCACCUACACAAACGACAGGUGUUUGUACAGAUGGACAUAAUUGCCCAGGAGAUGAUCCACCUCCACAAACGACAGGUGUUUGCACAGAUGGACACAAUUGCCCAGGUGAUGAUCCACCUCCACAAACGACAGGUGUUUGCACAGAUGGACACAAUUGCCCAGGUGAUGAUCCACCUACACAAACGACAGGUGUAAGUAUGGACAGCCAAAAUCCUUUGGAUGUCCUAGCUUCACACAGGAUGGGUAGUGGUAUGGACAGUCAAAGUUGUCCAGGAGAUGACUCUGUCCCACAGAUUGAAGCCACUGAAACUACUGAUGUCUCAACAGUUACAGCAUCACUGAGCCAGUCUGCAAUGGAAACUUCAACAUCACUGAGUCAGGCUGCACUAGAUGCAUCUACAGUUAAUGUACCAGAGCACUUACCAGCUGCACUGCUACAGUCUGACACUAAAUCUGAAGUUAUGGACACCUCAAUCACAGAAGCAUCACCCAUGCCUCCUGCUCAGCUGCUGCAGGCGACUCCUAGCGAAGAGGCAAAGGAGGAACCUAUGGAUACACUGUCCAACACAGUAGGUGUGUCUCUGCCAACUCCUAUGGACACACUGUCUAAUACAGUAGGUCUGUCUCUACCGACUCCUACCCUCAACAGCAAUCCCCUGAGUGUCCUGUCCCAAAGCAGCACUGCAGCCUCUCUAGCCACUGCUGCUGCUGCUAAUACCCUCGCUGGCAUGGAUGCUCUAGCUGCCGUUGCUAACUCGGUUUCAGAUCCUUUAGCUACUCUGGCAAGUGCAGCUAUUUCCUCAGCCAGCACAGUAACUCCCCAGGUGAAAGUGGAACCAGGUACUAUGAACAUGAAAGCUGAUCCAGAUCUGAAACAGGAGAAUAAGGCAGAAAGUCCUUCAGUGAAGAUGCCAACCACACCUGUGAAGAAGGAUGCUCACCAGUGGUAUGAUGUUGGCAUCAUCAAGGGUACAUCCUGUGUGGUGGCUCAUUAUUAUCUGUCCUCUGACACUACGCAGGGCAACGGUGAUGUUGUCAACACCAAGCAGGACAUUGAUGUUGUAAGCAUACCUGACCACAGUGUCCUCAAGAAGCAAGAGCUUCUGCCAGGAACGGCCUACAAAUUUCGUGUGGCAGGAAUAAAUGCCUGUGGCCGUGGAACUUUCAGUGAGAUCUCCGCAUUUAAAACCUGUCUUCCUGGAUACCCUGGUGCCCCAUCUGCCAUCAAAAUCAGCAAGGUGGGCUUAAAAAGUGCUGAAGGAGCCCACCUGUCAUGGGAGCCUCCUCAGAACACAGCUGGUCGUAUUACAGAGUAUUCUGUUUAUCUUGCUGUGCGUAACGCUGCUUCACAAGCUGACCAGAAGCCUGGCACCCCAGCUCAGCUGGCAUUUGUGCGGGUGUACUGUGGUCCUUUGCCAACGUGUACAGUGACUACUGCAAGUCUUGCCUCAGCACAUAUUGACUACACCACCAAACCGGCCAUAAUCUUUAGAAUUGCAGCAAGAAAUGAGAAGGGUUAUGGACCAGCAACACAAGUGAGGUGGUUACAAGAUGCCCAGAGUCCUGCUGGUCCAAAGGUUGCUGUCAAACGAACUCUUCCAGCAACAACUGUUACAACUGCAGAUGCGCGACAGCAGCUGCAAGGUAUAGGUCCUAUCAAGAAAAUAAAAACAGAGGAAGAAAAUGAGCGUCAAGGAUAGAAAGAUCUUUAAUUUCUGUAAUAUUAGAUUUUUUUAAUGAUAGUUCAUUUGUCAAACAUUUUCAUUUGUAAAUAGUUCAUUCUUAAAGUUAUCACUUUUGUACAAAUACAUACCAUUAAUUUCUCAUUUUGCCAUCAAAUUGUCCCCAUCUUUGUUAGAAAUUUAGAUAUCAUAUU